AUGGUUAAAAAAGACUACACUGAACACCAGAGUGUCUGGGUGAAAGGAGGGAUUCACCGUAACCAGGUGGCCAGCUUUGUUGAAUCGAAGGGUCCUUCGUUCGCCGGGAUUGAGCUGCUGGAUGGAAGGCGAGUGAAGGUAAAGUGGUCGUCCAUCAUGGAAAUUUUCUGUGGGCCUUGCGAGAGGAACACCAUUCGCGACAUCGAACGUCCAGGGGAGUGGGUAAGUGCUCUCCACUAUGAACAGCGCGAUGGUCGCACCGUCAACAUUGCUGAUGCCGAGGACGAAAUUCGUCGCCAAGGUGCAUGGCGUCCACAGAACGCCAACCAAUACUACUUGGCCUAUUAUAGAGAGUUGAGGACAAGUGACGAUCUACGUGGAGACAACCAAAGGCUUCGUGGAGAAAAUCGAAUGCUCCACCAGCGCCUUCUCCAAAUGGAAGACCGCGUCCAGCAGAUCGAAGAGUUGCUUCACAACAGUAACAUCCCCAGUGGAUUUUAG